AUGGCCGAACCGGGGCCGGAGCCCGGGCGCGCGUGGCGGGUGCUGGCCCUGUGCGGGGUCGCCGUGUUUUUGGCGGCGGCGGCGGCCGGUGGGGCCCUGGUAGCGUGGAAUCUGGCUGCCUCCGCUGCCCGGGGGCCCCGCUGCCCGGAGCCGGGAUUCAACGCCACAGCGCCGCCCCAGGACCCCGCACCCGAAGUCGAGGAGCUGCGGCGCCGGCUGGCAGAGGCCGCCCAGCGCGAGGAGACCCUGGCCAGGCAGUUGGAGCAGGCGGAGAGUGUCCGUCGCGAGUUGGAGGAGGCUCUCAGGGCUUGCGAGAACCGGCAGAGCCGGCUUCAGACGCAGCUAAAGACACUGAAGACUGAGAUGGAAGAAGCCAAAGCCCAGGGAACCCAGAUGGGGGUCGAGAACGGGGAGCUGACAGAAGCCCUGGCGCGCUGGGAGGCGGUGGCCACGGAGUCUGCGCAGCGGUUGGACGAGGUGCUGCGGCGCGCAAGCGCGGCCGAAGCUGAAGGCGAAGUCUGCGCGGCCCGAGAGGCGGCCCUGCGCGAGCGCGUUGUCGCUCUGGAAGCCGAGUUGGGUCCCCAGCGCAGAGGGUCGCGCCCCCGACCCCGCUCAGGGUCCCGAUCCAGGGCCAGCCCCCGCUCGCGCUCUCGCCCUGGGCCGUCCAAGGGUUGCCGGCGGCCGCCGCGGCGAGAAGGAUGAGUCCCUCCCCAGCAGGAUGGGGCUCCGGGCCAGGAGGACAGGUACUGUGGGGACGCAGCGGGGACGGUGUGAAGACGCCCAGUGCCGGAUGAGAUGCCCAGUUCACACCGUCCGCGCUCAGAACCGGGAGACCCAGGCACCGGACCACCUGAUGUCUGGUCGACAGGUGGGGAAACUGAGCCCGUUCGGUCACGUGGUGAAAUAAGGACCUGACCGAGUUCUCUAACCCACAAUGUGACCUGCAUCCCACAAACAAGGGAACUGGAGGUCCAGCCCUAACUCAGGAGUGACCUCUCUAGGCUUCACUUUAUACUGCUUGCAAAACAAGUGACUUUCCAGUCAGUUUUGAUAACAAAAACUGACAAUUAUGGCCCUUCCCCCUGCGAGAUGGAACUUUAAUAGAGAACCAAAUAACCCCUAGUACUUAUGGAUCAAAUGAGAAAUGUUAUGAAUUCUGGAAAAAAGUCAUCAGAAUCAGAGCCAAGGUGAGGGUGUCCACUAUCGAGUAUUUAAUAUCAUUCUGGAGGUACCAGCCAAUGCAAUUAGACAAGGCAAAGAAAUAAGAGGUAUGAACACAGGAGAAAGAGGAUUUGUAGGUUGAAUCAUAUGAAAGUGUUCUUUCUAUAGGUCAGAGGUUACAGAAAUGUCGACAAUUUGAUAUGGCCUUAAUUUCACAUUAUUUGUAGUUUUUAGAUUUACAUUUAUUUUUUUAUUUUUAAAAUGUUUGCCUUUUCAUCUAAAUUUAACCUAAUUCAACAUUAGGUAUUAAUUCAGGCUAAUGGAAAAAAUUGGAAGUCCCCUCCAUUUGGAUUUGUUUGCUGCCUCCUCAUUAUUGGAUUCAGGUUAGAAUUUUGGGUAGGAUCAUCCCCAACAUGAUUCAAUCUAUUAGUUAUUUUCUGGUCAUAUAAUUUUAUAUAUAGAAAACCCCGGAGAAUGGACUGAAACUUACUUUUUUGUUUUAAGCAAUUAGUUAGACAAUCCUUUGGAAGGGAAAAAAAAAAAAAAAGGUCCCAUUUCAGAUCUUUUUUAAAAAAGGUUUUUUGGAGGCUGGGGCUGGGGCUCAGUGGCAGAGCGCUUGCCUAGCAUGUGUGAAACUCUGGGUUUGAUCCUCAGCACCACAUGAAAAUAAAUAAAUAAAAUAAAGGUAUAAAAAGGCAAAACAAAACAAAAAAAAAGGGUUUUUUUUCUUGUUUGUUUAUUUUUUUGUGAUGCUGGGGAUUGAACCCAGGGCCUUGUGCAUGUGAGGCAAGCACUCUACCAACUGAGCUAUAUUCCCAACCCCCCCAAAAUGUUUUGAAUUGUAAAAUAUACAUAAUACAAAAUCAACCAUAUUACCCUUUAUCCCCCCCCCAGUUUUUUGUGGUGCUGGAAAUGGAACCUAGGGCUAUGCACAUGGUAGAUAGGCAGAGCUCUACCACUGAGCCUCACCCCCAGCCCUGUGUUAACCAUUAUUGUUUGUAUAAUUCAUUGGCAUCAACUAUACAUUCACAAUAUUGUAUAACCAUCAUCACUCUCUAUUUCCAUUAUCCCAUUAACUCUCCCAUUAAACAAUUACUCCCCCCCAGCCCCUACUAACAUCUGUCUCCUUUCUGUCCCUAUGAACUUGCCUAUUCUACUUAUUUCAUAAAAGUGAAAUCAGACAAUAUUUGCUCUUUGUGUCAGUUGUUUUUCUCAGUAUAAUGUUUUCAAAGUUCAUUUGGGUUGCAAUAUGCAUAUAUCAGAAUUUUAUUCCUUUUAAUGACUACAUAAUAUCCCAUUAUAUGUGUAUAACAUGUUUGGGGGUUUUGUUAUUUUAUUUUAUAUUUAUUUUGUAGGUCUCACUAUGCCCAGGCUGUCCUUGAACUCCAGGGUUCAAAUGAUCUUCCUGCCUCAGCCUCCAAGUAGCUGGGACUACAGGCCCAUUAUAUCACCAUGCUUGGCUGUAUGGUCCCUUUAGUUUUUUCUACCUUGUAGUUUUGCAAAGAUUAAAAAAAAAAUCCCCAAAAUAAAAAGUUGAAUACACUGAGUUGGCACUGAUGCGGAGAAAGAAACAGUCCCACACUGUGCUGGUGGGACUGCCUGUCAGUACAGUUGUUUUGGAAAACAGUUUUCUAGGCUCUCACAAAAUUAAAGGUGCAAGCUGGGUGUAAGGAUGCACACCUGUCAUCCCAGUGACUGGAGUCUGAGACAGGAGGAUCACAAGUUCGAGGCCAGCCUCAGCAACUUAGUGAGGCCCUAAGCAAUGUAGUGAGACCCUGUCUCAAAACGUAAAAAAGGGCUGGGAAUGUGGCUCAAUGGUUAGGCACCCCUGGGUUCAAUCCCUAGUACAGAAAGAAAGAAAGAAAGAGAGAGAGAGAGAGAGAGAGAGAAAGAACCUAAAAAUGCAUAUACCCUUGACCCAUCAAUUCCCUUCUAGGAGUUUUCCUACAGUCAUGUUUAUAUGAGUAUAAAAUGAUGGGCUUAGUGUCGGGCAGAAUCCUGUGGGCUCAUGCACACAAAGUGUUAAGUUUUGCUGUGAGAAAGUAUGAACUCUUUGAACUGUGUCCUUGUUGCUGUCUUAAGAAGAGAAAAGAAUGUUCUGCCAAGUGUAAAAUUUAUAUAUAUAUGUAUGUGUUUGCCUGGGAAUAACUAACCACAAGUUGAUUGAUAAGAAAUACGGAGCACUGUGGCCAUAAACAAAGUUUUCCUGAGAAUGUUUAUCCAUGCCUGUAAGGAUUGAGCUGACGAAAGGAUGUUUCUUCUUGUCCUUUGUCUUAAUUAGCAAUGCUGUAUAAAAGAAGGAGAGAGAAAAGUAAAGACGGUGCUCAUUUCUACUGGAUGCGUGUGUGCGUGUGUGUCUUUCUUAAGCAUCUCUGCUGUACCAGGAUUACAGAUUGUCAGCAGGUCUGACAGAAUCCUGAGUUGGAUUCUGGAACAGAGAAACCCUGAGUGGGAAAAUGGGGAAGUCAAAGUCCCGGCUUGGCGGACAGGGAUACACUAAGGUCAGUUUCUUAGCAGUGGGAGCCGCUGUGAGAAGGGUUUUCAAGGAUUCUGUACUAUCCCUAAA